GAAGUAACUGCACUGACUGUUACUCUGAAUGUCAUCCCCUCCCUGGCUGAGAUACACUCAAUGCAUCUCUUCCUUCCAGCAGCUCAGUAAAUACAUUGGAUCCCCCCCCCCCCCCCAACCAACCUGCUUGACAGCUGCCCUACUUGACUUUGUGUGGCAGCAGAAGGGGGGCACUCCUCACUGUUCCUCUGUCUGGGCUGAUCUCUCCAGUUACACACACAUGGCUGAUGUACAGGAGAUGCUAUCUGCACCAGACCCCCUCUCCAGGAGCAGACUGUACCGGAGCCACCUCUGUGUGUAGGUAGGGCUGAUUUGCACCUUGCUUCCUAUGUGUGGGUGUGCAGUGUGCCUACAGUCGCCUGUUGUGGGAGAAGCUCGCCACAUGCUCCAGGAUCCCGGCAGAGGCAGCAGCAGCAUACUAACUAAUCAUUGUGAUGUUACCCAGUGACAACUCGCCUCAUCCUCCGCUCUCCACCCUGCAGACCUCUCUGCUCCGCUGAGCCUCACACCUGCCCGUCCAGCAGACGGAAUUCUCCUGCCAUCAGUCACUGGGGUGCCCGGAGCAGGCAUGGCCCGCUGGGAAAGUUACGGGUAAUGUAAAAUGAUGACACUCAAGAUAUCCUAAAUCGGGAAUGGUUUAGCCAAACAUGGAAACACUGGAGUCAGAACUAACCUGUCCAAUAUGUCUGGAGCUAUUUGAGGACCCACUCCUGCUUCCGUGCGCUCAUAGCCUGUGUUUCAGCUGUGCAAACCGUAUACUUGUUUCUGGGAAUCCUUCCAGUGACAUAGUGGAACCUGUUACAGCCUUUCAGUGUCCAACGUGCAGAUAUGUUAUUUCUCUCAAUCAUCGUGGUUUGGAAGGGUUGAAACGCAACGUCACUUUACAGAACAUUAUUGACCGCUUUCAGAAGGCCUCUCUCAGCGUGCCAAGUUCUCCCAGUGACGAAAACAGAGACAAAAUCUAUAAAAGUAUCCCAAUCAUGGCAACGGAAAGGAUUCCAUGCCAGUUCUGUGAGGUGGAGCCACCAAGAGAUGCUGUGAAGACUUGUAUCACUUGUGAGGUGUCUUAUUGUGACCGCUGUCUACGUGCCACUCACCCUAACAAGAAGCCGUUUACUAGUCACCGCCUGGUGGAACCAGUACCGGAUGCUCAUUUUCGUGGACUUGUCUGUCUGGAACAUGAGGAUGAGAAGGUUAAUAUGUACUGUACCGUAGAUGAUCAGCUUAUUUGUGCCUUAUGCAAAUUAGUUGGUAGACACAGAGAACAUCAGGUGGCUUCAUUGAGUGAUCGCUAUGAAAAACUAAAGCAGACUCUGGAAUCCAAUAUCACCAAUCUGGUCAAGUACAGCAGUGAACUUGAAAGCCAAAUGGCCAAACUCAUUCAAAUUUGCCAACAGGUUGAGGUUAAUACCAGCAUGCAUGAGGCAAAGCUCAAUGAGGAAUGUGAUGAACUCGUGGACAUUAUCCACAGAAGAAAGCAAAUGAUUGCGGUGAAGAUCAAAGAAACAAAAGUAAUGAAGUUAAGGAAACUUGCUCAGCAAAUCGCCAACUGUCGACAAAGACUUGAACGAUCAACAGUGCUUAUAAACCAGGCUGACCAUCUCCUUAAAGAAAAUGAUCAUGCAAGGUUCCUGCAAGCUGCCAAAACAGUAGUCGACAGAGUAUCCAUGGCAACUACAUCUUCUCAAGUUCUUCUCCCUGAUGUCAAUUUAAAUGAUGCCUUUGAAAACUUUGCCCUGGAUUUCUCCAGAGAGAAGAAACUGUUAGAAGGUUUGGACUAUGUAACAGCUCCGAAUCCUCCUACUAUAAGAGAUGAGCUAUGUACAGCAUCGCAUGACACUAUUACAGUCCACUGGAUGUCUGAUGAUGAAUUCAGUGUUGGUUCCUAUGAGCUGCAGUACACCAUCUAUACUGGGCAAGCCAACUUCAUCAGUCUAUACAGCUCCAUGGACAGCUGGAUGAUUGUGCCCAAUAUCAAGCAGAACCAUUACACUGUGCAUGGACUCCAGAGUGGAACACGUUAUAUAUUUUUGGUGAAAGCUAUUAACCAGGCUGGGAGCCGACACAGUGAUCCGGCAAGGCUCAAGACGAACAGCCAGCCAUUUAAGCUAGACCCUAAAUUUGCACAUAAGAAGCUAAAAAUUACCAAUGAUGGAAUGCAAAUGGAAAAAGAAGAAAGUUCCCUCAAAAAGAGUCAUACACCAGAGCGCUUCAGUGGAAGUGGAUGCUAUGGGGCAACGGGCAAUGUCUUUAUUGACAGUGGAUGCCAUUACUGGGAAGUAGCUGUCGGAAAUUCUACUUGGUACGCAGUAGGAAUUGCUUACAAGUCUGCUCCUAGGAAUGAAUGGAUUGGAAAGAACACCUCGUCCUGGGUUUUCACUAGAUGUAAUAGCAAUUUCCUUGUUAGGCACAAUAAUAAAGAGGUUCUCUUAGAUGUUCACCCUCAGCUGAAACGAUUGGGGGUCCUCCUAGACUAUGACAAUAAUACACUUUCUUUCUACGAUCCAGCUAAUUCCCUUCACCUGCACACAUUCGAGAUUUCAUUUAUCCUGCCUGUUUGUCCAACUUUUACAAUAUGGAACAAGUCUCUGCUGAUCCUCUCAGGGCUCCCCGCUCCAGAUUUCAUGGACACAUUUGUAACUCCUCAGCCAGAGUGUAUCUGUAGACCACAAGAAUCUCCAUAUGUGUCUGGACUCAAAGCUUGCCAGUGAAGACCAAACAAUGACCUUCUCCAUGGCCUUUCAAUAAUAGAAUGAGACAUUGGACACCUGUAUCCUAAAAUGGAUAGUCUGCCAUAAGACAAGUGAGAAUACAGGAAGUUAUGUUACUAUAAAAAGCCCUUUUCAUCAGCUACUAGCAGCUAUAGGUCGGGUAGCUAGCUUUAGCCAAUUUUUUAUUUUAUUUUGCAUAUUAAGAUGUGUUAUUCCAAAAGUGAGUCACCAUACACUGUCCGUCAGUGGGUAUAUCCACUAUAUUGACAAUAAAAAAAAGUCUUCCCGCACUAGGUAUAUUCUAGAUAUUUUUCUAAACUCCUUUUCUGCCUGUGUAUAUACGUAUUGCAGGUUUGCAACUGCAGAGUUAAAUAGUUGCCUUCCCUUUUAUGUUAGUUUUGUUCUUUAAAAGCUACAGCAAUGCCGAUGUCCUUGAAGUUAGAACUUGUGGAUGCCUUUCAACACCAGGAUUUUUGGGGGUGUUACUGUUUCUUUUACUGCCUAAAAGAAAUUGAAUAGUUUAUCCGUACAAAUCUAAAAUUCUGUCGGCUUACGAUCAUCCUUCUUAAUAAAUCUAUGCAGAGAAAGCUUGAUUUCUGCAGACAAUACAGUGUGCCUCCCUGUCUUUGUGGUCUUGUGAAAUGCAGAUCUAUGCAGAGUACUACAUGAAAAUCCUCUGAUAUGUUUUAUCGUAACACAAUCGGACUAACAUAGGGAAGGGUUCCAAUCCUUCAUGUAAAUGUGUUAAAUGCAUAAAAAUAUACUGUCUUUGCUUUUUAGUUUGUAGGUUUUUAAUGGCCUGCUUGUUCUAUUGAAAUUUACCAUUCUCACUUUGCUACUUUCUUUAGAUGGAGCAAAGUUGUCAUUUACCUCUUCGGGAUUGAGUCAAAAGGGUACUCUGGGGAAAUAAAAUGGAUCCUCUAUUCAGGGAAAAGGGAAUAUAUUUCUGAUUGUGGAGGGUCUGAUCAAUGGGGCCCCUCCUCAAUUUCCUUUAUGGGUGCUGGCUAUUGCCUGUCCUUGGCGUGCUACGGCCUCUACCAUUAGAGAUGGGCUUCAGUGGGCUUCUCAGUAAAUCACUGGCUAAGCUUAAACCCCUACAGUAAAUGGUGUAACUUCAAGCUCCAAUGUAAAGCCAUAAAAGGUACAUUUACACAGUUUUGCAACAGUUUUAUUCAUCUUGCAGAAAUCUAUUUGCAUGCUGCAGACACAACCUUAUUUGGAUGUAUGCAACAUGGAUGUUGACCAUAGACAUUUCUGCAUCAAAGUGUGAUUAUACCCUUACAAGGCCCCCAUUUACCCUGCAUUAUUUAUAAUACUGAUGUUUAUGUGGUAUAGGAUCAGGCACCUGAGUGUUCUUGUUUUCUCUGCCCCCCUUUAGCUGGAAUAGGUGCAAAAAAUAAUUUAAAAAAAGUUGGUCUGCUAUGACGCUGCCUUUUAGAGAUCGGGUUUCACGUUCGUUUUGCAUGUCUGUUAUCUCAAUUUAUAUAGCAAUAAAUGAGAUUUUAUACUAAAAAAGACUGAACCAGCAUCCCGAUCUCUAAAAGGCAGUGCCAUAGCAGACCAACUUUAUUUAUUAUUUUUUGCACUUAUUCCAAGUCUCUUGCCGACCUCUUACCGAGUACCCGGCCGGAUCCUGCAGGCUGCAGUCCAAGAUCAUCUGACCCCAAACGGAGGGGUGAUAUGCAUGUAUAAGAUAUACCCCAGAUGAGCACCACUGAUAUUGGGGUUUGUGGCUUGGCAUUAUCCCACUGAAUUACACGAGGUGCUAUCCUCUCCCUCUCUCUUUUUUUCUCCUCUAUCCCCUUUAGCUGGGGCCCUACCUGCAGUCCUAUGCAAAAGUGAAGAUUGUGCUAAAAUCUUUAGUUGUGCAGAAAGAGUUGCAUCAAGCCGUUACAUACAGUAAUAUAUUUCAACUAAGUUGUCUAUAACUAUAUAGUUAGAAUGUAGGAUCAUUACUGAAUAGAGGUAUGAACUAUAAAAAAGACUUAUUUUAGGCUACGAUCAUUCAAAGGAGUAUCAAAUCUAAAUACACAACCAAUUGGGAAUAAUAGUGAUGGAUGUUUGUUUAUGGUAAGACAACCAUUUAGUUAUUAAAGGGGAGAUUUAUCAAAACCUGUGCCAAGGAAAAGUUGCCCAGUUGUUCAUAGCAACCAAUCAGAUCGCUUUUCAUUUUGCAGAGGGCUUGUUAAAAAUGAAAGAAGCGAUCUGAUUGGUUGCUAUGGGCAACUGGGCAACUUUUCCUCUGGACAGGUUUUGAUAAAUUUGCCCCUAAGAGUAUAAUUAACAGACACCAUGGGCUGAUACUACAAUAGCAUACUGUUCAGAAUAUCAUUGGGCCUUAUACAUGCGUUAUUCUUAUGUCUGCUUGUCUGUAGAAAGUAGCUUUUUAUAAAACUGGAGGCCUACAAAGUUACAGUAAAAUCCCCAAAAGUUUGCCCUAAAACAGUUGUGCUCAAAACAGAAUUGUAAUAUGGCGGUGUACAUGAGGUCAUACUCUUUGAGUUAGAAUUUAAGAAAAAUAGUUUGCAUACAACAUAUUAAGAAUUUACACAUCUUCCCUAAAACCAUAGCGAAUGAUGUAGAACUAUUCAACAGCUGACAUGUCCCACCCCUAUGCUUAUACCUGGCGAAAAGAAAGAUUUCUCCCACCAUUGCUUCUCCCAUGUUCAUCAUCUCCAAGUUGCAGACAAUGCAAGAGAAAGAUAACACUGAACAUGGCCGACCACGGACACAAGACAGACCACAUUUUUGCACUUCUCAUAUAAUACAAAAUAAUUCAACGUAUUGCCAUAAAGCAUUUCUUUGAUAAAAUGGAGAGGUUAUCAUGUCCUAUGAAACUGUGGGGGUGAAUACAAGAUUUGACCACCUGGUUAUUUCAUACUGCUGUCUAUGUAUAUGUAUCAACUACUGUGUCACUCCGAUAUAGCUAUAUAAAUAUAUAUGUAAAAUAUACAAAUGUUGUAUGAUAUAUUUAUUCCAAAACCUAUCUAAAUGUUCAAUAUAAUUGACCCCCCCAUGAAAAUGUGGAAAGGGGGAUAUGUUUUUAUUGGAACAUCUUCACGGUGAAGGAAUGAUGAGAUGGUCAGGUUUCUAUAAAUAAACUUUGUGCA